AAACUGUAUUGGAGAUGGUACUCCUGACAAUGCCUGUAAAUCUGAUCAAGCUGAUGUGAUACAAUCCAAUUUUCGGCAAAAGAAUUUUGUGAAGAUGGAUCCAAGUUACUUGACAACGCUCAGUCAGACUCAUUCGGCUUGGAUUUUUGGGGCGAUAGCUGAACUUAUUGAUAACUCAAGAGAUGCCCACGCAACUAGAUUGGACAUUUCUGUUGAGCUUCUAUAUUCCAAAAAGGAUGGAAACAAAAUUCCUGUUUUAUCAAUUAUUGAUGAUGGGGAUGGAAUGACACAUAAUGACAUUUUGAGAAUGGUGUCAUUUGGACAUAAGCAAACAACCGGAGAAGAUCAAGAUCGCAUUGGUAAAUUUGGCAUUGGAUUUAAGACUGGGUCUAUGAAACUUGGAAGGGAUGCUCUUGUACUUACGCAGUCAUCAAGAUCCAGAUCUAUUGCAUUUUUAUCACAGACAUACAAUGAAAACAAAGAUAACAUAGAGAUUCCUAUAGUUUCUUAUGUUAAAAAUGGGCGUUAUAUGGACAUUGAUCUGAGCAUCCAAUCAAAAGAAUUUGCAAACUUCAAUCUGAGUGCCAUCAAGGAAUUUUCUCCAUUUAACGAAUACUUGCUAGGAGAGCAGCUUGGAUUAUUUGGCAAAGAUGGAACUGGCUCACAGAUCUUCAUUUGGAACUUAGAUAAGUGGGGUUCAGACUAUACUUUGGAAUGGAAUGAUGGAAAGGGUGGUGAAAGUUAUAACAAAGGACAGGGAGACAUACUCAUUCGUUCAAGGAGAAUAAGAUCGCGCUUUGGUCAAAUAAGUUGUGAGGUUCCAUUGGAUUAUUCCCUUCAGGCUUAUCUAGAAGUUCUUUUCUUAAAUCCUCGCAUGAAAAUAUUUGUCCAAGGCUCAUUGGUCAAAAGCCAUCCUUUAGAAAAAUCACUGAGUAGAACUGUUACAUUAAAUGGCAGCAUACUGGCUAGACCCAUUCAACUCGUAUUUGGAAGGAGUCAGGUAGAGUGGGAACGAAUGAACGGUGGGGUAUUCUUAUAUUGGAAAGGCCGGCUAAUUGAGGCAUACAAGCGAGUUGGAGGAAUGAAGCACAAUGCAGAUGUGGGACGUGGAGUCAUAGGAGUUGCAGAUGUUACUGAUAUUAUGCAAAAUGGAAAUGGCCAAACUUGGGUGCUCAAUAACAAACAGGGUUUUCCGGAUUGUGAAGCAUAUGCCAAACUAGAGGAUUGGUUGGGGAGCAAAGCUGAUGAAUAUUGGGAUGAAAACUAUGAUAACCUUGAUUUGGAAACCAACGAUGAAAAGUAUAAACCUGAUCAUGAAUGGGUUCAAUGCGACAAAUGCCGGAAGUGGAGAAUGUUAAGUGCUGGUUUCAACAUCAAGAGCCUACCUUUACAAUGGUUUUGCUACAUGCCACCAUUUAAUGGAAAAUGUGAAGCUCCUGAACAACAAAUGGAAGCAGGAGUUGUUACUGUUGCUGCGACGAGGCACCAGAACGACCCUGAAAACUCUCAUACUAAGUCUGAUCAAUCAUCGCCAUCACCGAAAGUCAUUGCGACUAAUGAAAAUCGUCUCGAUCCACAUGCAAAUGACUCAUGUAGAAAAAAUGCUGAAGCUAAAUGUGAAAACUGGGGCCUAAAAGAAAGGAGAUCAAUGAGAAUGCCUAAAAGCAUUCAUCAGUUAAAUCCAUCUGCUAGCAAUAAUGACUUAAAGCCUAAUCAUAGGAGUUUUAAGAGGGAAAGUAACUCUAGGUCUCAGAGUAAAAGGCCUCAAGGAAGGGAAGAGAAUAGAUAUGAUCAGAGAUUUGAACUGAGAGCUCAAAAAUUCUUUCAUGAUGGGAGGGGCCAUUCCAAGAGAGAUUACAGAACUUAUCAUAAUAAACACAACCCAUAGAUCUAGAUAUAAAUGUGGUACUAAGCAUUCUAGUAUUGUAGUGGACUUUGUCUUUUGUACAGUGUUGAUAUGUUUUGAAGGAAAUCAGGAAUAUUGAAGGCCAAAGGGGGGAGGGUCUUCAUUUAUUGUAGGGAAUGGCUUAUAAAUUCCUGUGAAUUGUUUUUUGAAUGAUCCUAAUUUUGUUUUAGAGAUUUGUAACUCUAUUUGUUUAUAUUAUAGGGAUGUGUAAAUUUGAAAUAUUUGAUUUUGUGUAACAUAUUUGAAUGGAUA